AUGGAUUUCAUGCUACCCAUAAGAAGUCUAGGCGAGAUGGCUCCCUUCAGCUCUGAACCUCUUCUGGGCCAUCACAGAGGCUGCACCAGACAAAACUACCCGGCCAUCAAAAGAAAGCUGCGGCCUGGACGGAUUCUGGGGUUUGUUGUCAGCUUGGUGGUGGCCUGCACAGUCUGCUCAUGGAGUGCCUUGUCGCUGGUCACAACGGUGGCCACACAGCUGGAAAUGGCUGAUGAGGGCUCAGCAGAGGUAGCAGAGGUAGCAGUGCCCCAAAGAACACUUCUUCAGCUCCACAAUAUUACAAACACAACACAGGACACACCAGUAGCCAUGCACUCAUCUGAUAUAGAGAUGAAUCAUGGCGACUACCCAACGGACUUCUUCAGUGUGGAGGAGAGACGCCAGGGCUAUGUGGUGCUUCAUAUGUUUGGCAUGAUAUACAUGUUCAUAGCCUUAGCUAUUGUCUGCGAUGAGUUCUUUGUUCCUGCUCUCACAGUCAUCACAGAGAAGCUGGAGAUCUCUGAUGAUGUAGCAGGAGCCACCUUCAUGGCUGCAGGUGGCUCGGCCCCUGAACUCUUCACUUCUGUCAUAGGAGUUUUCAUCUCCCACAGUAACGUAGGUAUUGGUACCAUUGUGGGCUCUGCCGUCUUCAACAUCCUGUUUGUGAUUGGGAUGUGCGCUCUUUUCUCCAAAGAGGUGUUGAACCUCACCUGGUGGCCUCUGUUCAGAGAUGUCUCCUUCUAUAUCAUUGGCUUACUCAUGCUCAUUUAUUUCUUUCUGGAUAAUGAAAUCUCGUUGGGAGAAAGUAUUGGCCUGCUGAUGUGCUACACCUGCUAUGUGACAUUCAUGAAGUUCAAUGCCAAAGUAGAACUUGUCAUCAAGAGGCUGCUGGGAAGCAACCAGGUGGAUGAGCUGGAAACUGCACCAAGGGUAAACGCUCCUGAUGAUGAGAACAAGCUAACGGCCAAACCCAGGUUGCAGAGGGAAGGCAGCUGUGCAUCUCUUCACAACUCACUAAUGAGAAACAGCAUCUUCCAGCUCAUGAUACACACACUUGACCCUCUCAGCGAUGAAGGGCGUUUUAAAGAAAAGGCAUCCAUCCUCCACAAAAUGGCCAAGCAGAAAUGUAAAGAUGAGGCUGCUAAUGCCAACGGUGUAGGAGCCCCUUCGCAGACACAACUUUCAAGAAAAGCAAACUCUGAUAAAAACAUCCCAAACAGUUCAAAUGUCGCUGUGGAAGUCACGCCGCCCAUGAACGGUGUAGUAGGAGGAGAUGGGGGUGGUGAUGAAGAAGAAGACGAAGACCAGCCUCUGAGCCUGGCCUGGCCCGACACCUGGAGAAAACGGAUAACCUACCUCAUCAUCCUGCCCAUCGUCUUCCCUCUGUGGCUGUCAUUGCCUGAUGUCAGGAGAGAGUCCUCAGCAAAGUUCUUCCCCAUCACUUUCCUCGGCGCCAUAUGCUGGAUUGCUUUCUUCUCCUACCUGAUGGUGUGGUGGGCUCACCAGGUUGGAGAAACUUUCUGGAUCACAGAGGAGAUCAUGGGUCUCACCAUUCUAGCUGCCGGCACCUCCAUCCCUGACCUGAUCACCAGUGUGAUUGUGGCUCGGAAAGGCCUGGGUGACAUGGCUGUGUCCAGCUCAGUGGGCUCCAACAUCUUUGACAUCACUGUGGGCCUGCCAUUCCCCUGGCUCAUCUACAACAUCAUCAACGACUUCAAACCAGUGGAGGUGAGCAGCAACGGCCUGUUCUGCGCCAUCGUUCUCCUCUUCCUUAUGCUCCUCUUCGUCAUCAUGUCCAUCGCUGCAUGCAAGUGGAGAAUGAGCAAGUUUCUGGGCUUUCUCAUGUUUCUGCUCUACUUCGUCUUCCUUGUGGUCAGUGUCAUGCUGGAAGAUAAAAUCAUCGUCUGUCCGGUCAGCGUCUGA